AUGGACGGCACUGGGCUGGACUGGACAUGGAUGGAUGCCGUGCUCAUCUUCGUCUCCCGUGGUCACGAUGCGCAUGCGUCCAACACCAGUACGCACGCACGCCACCCCCCCCGUCCAGGGCCUCUUGUUCGUUGGCCCUUCUGUGGUGUGCCCAGGUGUGAGCACGCGCGAGUGCCUUAUAUCACGUCGCCUGCCGUCGUCUCGACCCUCCUCUUCAUUUGUCACCGCCUGCACAGCUUCAGCCUUCCUUCAUCGCUACCCUUCUCUGCCUGCCGUCGCGAGUGCCGCUGCCAGUCCUUUCCUUCACCUGUUGCCGAUUCAACGAGGCGUCUGGUCACGCCCUACCCUGCCAGCUGGUCCGCCAUCGAAACGUUUCUUCAUCUUCCCGUCUCUCCCCCGCCCCCCCGACCACCGCCGAAAGUGCUGCCCAUUCUCUCAUCCGAUCGUGGCCGGAAGGGACGAAAGAAAGCUGUCGCUUCUCGUACGCCGCUGAUUUCCGCCACCAUGAAGUUGGCUCACGCCGCCACCCUCCUCCUCGCCGGCGCCGCCUCGGCUGCCAAGGACCGCCGUACCUUUGCCGUCCUCCGCUUCAACAACAAGCAGCUCACCAAGGGCCGGAUGGACCCCAUCGUCAACCCCGGCCAAGUCUCUCCCCACGUCCACAGCGUCCUGGGCGGUAGCGGUUUCGCCCUCGGCUCGACCGGCGGGGACCUUGUCAGGUCGAACUGCAGCACCGCCAUGAUCAAGGGCGACAACAGCAACUACUGGUUCCCCUCCCUCUACUUCAAGGACCCCAAGACGGGCCGGUUCGAGGAUGUCGACAUCUUCUACGCCAACGCCUACUACUUCUUCGAGCCCACCAACGACGACAUCAAAGCCUUUCCGCUCGGCCUCGCCAUGGUCAGCGGCGACGUCAACUCUCGCACGCCACCGGCCGGAGGUGCCCAGGCCAACCUCACCGUCAACCCUGUCAGGUGGACAUGUCCCCGUCUGAACAACAACUUCGAACCGCCGUCCUGGCCGGCCGGUUCGGACGGCAAGAUGGCCGGCAUGGGCGACCCCAUAAACAAAGGAGAGGGCGUCGGCUUCCCCAGCAUGGAAUGCGACGGUUUCGCCUCCCCCCUCCGUGCCGACAUCCACUUUCCCUCCUGCUACGACCCGGAGGCCGGCUUGACGGCGUACAAGAAGAAUACCGUCUUCCCGUCCGAGGCGGGUGGCGGCAAGAUGGACUGCCCCAAGGGCCACGUGCAUCUUCCCCACCUCUUCCUCGAGGUCUACUGGAACACGCCCGCUUUCAAGGACCGCUGGCAGGCCGGAACGGGUAAGCAGCCGUUCGUCCUCUCCAACGGCGACGCGACCGGCUACAGUCUCCAUGGCGACUUCAUGGCCGGCUGGGACGAGAAGCUGCUGCAGCACAUCAUCGACACUUGCGACGUCGGCACCGCAGGCAUGGACAAGUGCCCCGGUUUGUUUCAUGGCCUGAACAAGGACGAAGGCUGCACCACGAAGCCGGCGACCGACGAAAAGGUCGAUGGCGUCCUGGAUGCCCUGCCGGGGAAAAACCCCCUUACCGGUUGGGCCUAUGGCGGGGGCGAUAUUCAGCCUCCUUUGGAUGAAGCCGGCACGCAGCCAAAGGUGAGCAGCACGGCUGGCCGGAGGGAGGGAGGUCGAAACUCGCCGGCCGCCUCAUCGACGCACCAUGACGCCGACAACCAGGUCGCAUUGCCCGCCAAGAUGGCGGCAUCUCCUUCGCAGCCGCUGUCAUCCCACGUGGAAGCUGCGUCGUCCGGAACUACACCGUGCAGGGAUGAGGUUGUCAUCGCCUGGAAGACGGAGACGGUGGAGCAGGACAUGCCCGAGGCAACGAUGGAGCCCGCCAAGGGUCGUCGACACAUGAUGAACCACAUCAAACGCCACCGCCUCGGGAACCCGCAGUGA